AUAAACACAAGUUCACCGAACAAAUAUGUUCUACAUUCGAGUGUUAGUUUGCCUUCAAAUAUAUUCCAUAGGCAGUAAUUUAAACGAAUUCAGUUCCUGCCCGAGUCUAUCAUGCAACGCCAACGAAUUGAUACGACGAGGCGAGAACGAAACCUGCCCUCAUUGCAUCCCGAAAGACUGCCAAUUUCCCGAAGACUGCCUGAACGUCACAUGUCCUAAGAAAACGUGCCCGCUUGGUGAAGUCCUCAAACAAGUCCCGUGCAAGUGCUGCCCGCAAUGCCUGCCAAAAGACUGCAAAACCCCCGCCGAGUGCAAAUCCGCGCUGUGUUUUCCGAACCGUUGUAAAUACUGGCAAACCCCGGUAGUGCCCAAAUGCGAGUGUUGUCCCGUUUGCGAGCCUCAAACCUGCCAGACGAAGAGCACGGAUUGCUCGAAGGUCACCUGCGGCCCGCUCAGCUGCAAGCCCAACGAAGCCGCCAUACAGGUCAAGUGCAGGUGCUGCCCGAUUUGCAUCAAACAGAGGCUGUACUCGAAGGAGGAGUGCCAGCAACGCAACUGCACGGAGCCCGUCUGCAGCCCCCACAAGGUGCUCAAGACGAUACCCGGGAAAUGUUGCAAGAAGUGCGUGAGCUCCAGGUGCUUGGGAAUCGAGGAUUGUGAGGAUGUUAUGUGCGUGAAGCCGAAAUGCCACGAGUCGCAAAUUCUCGUUGUGCCGCUUUGCCAUUGUUGUCCGUUUUGUUUAUCGAAGUUUGGUUGAGUAGAGCCCGGUAGGAAUACGCAAGAGAAUCACCUCAAGAAACAGUACGAGUUCCUGUUGCACUUAUUUAAUGAUCUUUUUACUAAUACUAAUAAAUUUUUCAAUAUUUCCUUUCGUUUCCAAUAUCGAAAAGAAAAC